UAUUUGCACAUGAAGGGAAAAAAAGCAGCCUGAAAAAGAGGACGGAGAGAGAGAGAGAGAGAGAGAGAGACAGGUCCGAACUCGCGCUUCUGUUGCACACCUCCAUCAUGGCGAGCGUCUCAGCGAGCGCGCGAGCUCCUCAGGUCCAAGAUGAAAAUCCCUCAUGUAGUGAUGUGGCUAGCUUUAAGGCAGCAGACACAGUGGUCCAGCUGUGUGAGAGCCGUAAACCUAAACCUACCGGUAAGUCAGAGAACCAGGCCUUCGGCACCGUGUUCACAGACCACAUGCUGCUCAUCGAGUGGAGCAGUGAAGGGGGCUGGGAAAAGCCUCGGAUUCAGCCAUUUGGAAACCUGAGCCUUCAUCCUGCCUGCGCUGCCCUGCAUUAUGCUGUGCAGCUGUUUGAGGGCAUGAAGGCGUACUGGGGGCAGGAUGGGCGAGUUCGUCUCUUCAGGCCCAUGCUGAACAUGGAGCGCAUGUUAAAGUCUGCACACAGAGCCUGCCUACCUAGUUUCGAUGGUGCUGAGUUGCUGGAGUGUAUCAGGAAGCUGGUGGAAUUGGACCAGGACUGGGUUCCUCACUCGGACAUGGCGAGUCUCUAUAUCCGUCCAACAUUCCUGGGCACAGAGUCUUCAUUAGGUGUGAAGAAGUCCUCCCGAGCCUUACUGUUUGUGAUCCUCAGUCCUGUUGGCUCGUACUUCAGCACAGGAAACAAGGCCGUGUCCCUGUGGGCUGACUCCAAAUAUAUCAGGGCCUGGAAAGGAGGGACUGGAGACUGCAAAAUGGGAGGGAACUAUGGAGCUUCUAUCUUUGCUCAGUACGCGGCGGUGGAUUUGGGCUGCCAGCAGGUGCUGUGGUUGUAUGGAGACGAUCACCAGAUCACUGAGGUCGGCACAAUGAACCUCUUUCUCUAUUGGAUCAACCAGGAAGGAGAGGAAGAGCUUGCGACACCUCCCCUGGACGGGAUCAUUUUGCCUGGGAUCACACGCCAAAGCAUCCUGGAGCUCACACGCAAAUGGGGUGAGUUUAAAGUGUCGGAGCGGUACCUGACCAUGGCGGAGCUGCACCUGGCUCUGGAUCAGCAGCGUGUGAGGGAGAUGUUCGGCUCGGGGACGGCGUGUGUGGUGAGCCGAGUGGGCCGAGUGCUGUAUCAGGGGGAGAGUCUCCAGAUUCCCUGUGGGGAGGAGAGCAGCUCACUCACCUCUCGACUGCUGAAGGAGCUAACAGACAUCCAGUAUGGACGGACUGAGAGUGACUGGACCUUCCUCGUGUAGACGAGCGUUGACUCAAGAGAACAAUACACACACACACACACACACACACACACACACACCAUGUGUGUGAAUGCACUUCAGACUUAAAUCUCAGUGGCUGUUUAGUUUUCUCCAGUAAUCGUGCUGUAUGUGUAAUGUCCUGUUUCUUGUCCUGACUGUAAUGUAUUUGUGGUACUAUGGAUCCACAUGUACACGGAUGAGUCAUAUUUCCAGUCACAUCUAUUCAACACAAUGUUCACACACACGCACACAAAGCUUGUCAGUGAAUAUCUUUAGCGUUUUAAAUUGGAGAUGGUAACACAGAGUGCAGCAGAUUUAAGCCUGAAGGCCGACUCACACCGGAUGUGUCACGUGAAGCGUCACGUCAAGACCUCAUUCAGUUCCAUUUUAAAAUGUAUUUUGGUUCACCACAGCCGUGUUAGAGGUGUGUCAGACUUCAGCGUACGUGUCGUACUGCUCUUGUUUUAUGCUACUCGUGAUAUACGCACAUCUGUAUUCAUACGCACAGCUGUAUUAAUUAUUAAUUGUUUGUUGCAAAUAUUAUUAAUAAUACAUAAACAUUUAAUUAUUUACUGAA